GGUGGAGUGAUAUUUGACAAGCACAGUACUGCGUAGACUGGGGAGUAGUUAUCUUGGCUAAAGUAGCACCUUGCAUGCCGUUUAAUUUUUUAUACAUUAAAACAAAAUUAAUAAUAAUAAGUGAUGCCUGGAAUGAUGGAAAAGGGUUCAGAGUACUUAGGGAAAGGACGAUCGAACGGAACCAAGAGUCCUUCCAACGCCUCGAAUGGACAUUUUUCUGACGAAAGCGGCAGCGACGACGAGCACGAUGUGGGAAUGCGAGUGGGGUCUGAAUACCAAGCAACCAUCCCCGAAUUUGAUCCCGGUUCCACAAAAUACAGCGAAAAAGACAGCGGGGGCAUGUUGGUGUGGUCCCCAUAUCACACGAUUGCCGAUACUAAAUUGGAUGAAUACGUUGCCAUUGCAAAAGAAAAACACGGAUACAAUGUUGAGCAGGCUCUGGGCAUGCUCUUCUGGCACAAACACAAUAUAGAGAAGUCCCUGGCAGACCUGCCCAACUUCACCCCGUUCCCUGAUGAGUGGACCGUGGAGGACAAAGUGCUGUUUGAGCAGGCCUUCAGCUUUCAUGGGAAAAGCUUUCACAGAAUUCAACAAAUGCUCCCAGACAAGUCCAUCUCCAGUCUUGUAAAGUACUACUACUCCUGGAAAAAGACACGUUCCAGGACAAGUCUAAUGGAUCGACAAGCCAGAAAGUUAGCAAGCCGAAACAAUCAGGAUGAAAGUGAUGAUGAAAUGGAAGAAGCCAAUCCCAUUGAAGCGAACGACAGUGAUUAUGACCCAACCAAGGAGACCAAGAAAGAGACUCACUCUGAAACACCAGCCCCCACCACUAAGAUCGGGCUGGGGAGACGAGAACAUCAGACUCUCCAACAUCGACACCACUCCCAGCGAGCCAAGUGCCGACCCCCCAAAGGCAUGUACCUCACUCAGGAGGACGUGGUAGCUGUUUCCUGUAGCGCCAGCGCCGCUAACACUGUUCUUAGGCAGCUGGACAUGGAGCUAGUGUCGUUAAAAAGACAGGUUCAAAAUGCAAAGCAGCUGAACAGCGGGCUGAAGCAGAAGACGGAAGCUGGAAUCGAUGACUUCAGGCUGCCUGAGUGCAACCAGAAAGUAAAUGCCCGCUGGACAACAGAUGAACAGCUUCUUGCAGUUCAAGGGGUCCGGAAGUACGGGAAAGACUUCCAAGCUAUUGCCGAUGUUAUCGGUAAUAAGACCGUUGGGCAGGUAAAAAACUUCUUUGUGAACUACCGUCGGCGCUUUAACUUGGAGGAAGUGCUGCAGGAGUGGGAGGCGGAGCAGGGGACGCAACUCCCCCGUGGUGACAGCGCCCCCUCUGGGGAGGAGGGGAAGAACAGUUCCAGCACCCCAUCAGGGAAGAGUACGGACGAGGAGGAGGAGGAGGGUCCAGUGAGCCCGUCUCCAGGCCCCCACACUCCAGCGUCAGGUGCAGCAUCCCUAAACCAGCCCCCACCCCUGCUGCGCCCCUCCCUCCCUGCCACACCCGCCCUGCACAGGCAGCCCCCACCCCUGCAGCAGCAGGCCCGGUUCCUGCAACCCCGCCCUACCCUGAACCAGCCCCCACCUCUCAUCCGCCCCUCCAAUCCCCUGCCCCCCCGCCUCAACCCCCGGCCUGCCAUGGCCCCCGCCAGUGGCCAGCAGCCCCCCACACUGAUCGGCAUCCAAGCUGAGAUGCCAUCGCCCUCUCUGCACUGAGGCAGUGCCUCUUACAGGCCAUAAGCAUCCAGGCUGAGACACCAUCGCCCUCUCUGCACUGAGGCAGUGCCCCCUACAGGCCGAGACACCAUCGCCCUCUCUGCACCGAGACAGCGCCCCCUACAGCCCAUAAGCAUCCAGGCCGAGACACCAUCACCCUCUCUGCAGUGAGACAGCGCCCCCUACAGGCCAUAAGCCUGCUGCUUAAAGGACUCUUUUUUCUGCUGAUGUCAGAUGUGGAAGAUGUGUGUUGUAUUGGGCAUGACUUAACCUGCCUGGAGUUUCAAUAUAUUAGGAAAGGUUUUGCUUAUUGUGGAGUUAAUAUUGUUAUGUAUAUUUUGGCAAAGUACCUUUUUUUGUAUUUAUUUUAGAAUUUGAUGUGCUUAAUUGGUCCUAUGAUGGAUUUUUGUAGAACAGAUACUUGAUAAUGGAACAUAGAUAUGCUCUAACUCUCAGCUUCUAUAGAAAUGUAAGUCUGCUUAACUGACAAUAGCUGCCAGGAGAAUGUACCAAAACAACACUACACCUCUGCAGCAGCUGUUGGCCUGUUGCAGGCAUAAUGUGACAUCAAGGUAUUCUGUAUUUGAUUUAAUACAGUUAAUUAUGUUACGUGCAGAUUUCUUUCAUUUAGAAUUAGUUCUCUUCUGUAUAUAAUCGGUUAUUUAUUUUUCUACUUGGUGCUAUGAACUCUGGCUAAUUAUGCCAGCGUGCAGAACAAUGACCACCAUAAAAGUGCUCUUAAGUACCUUGAAGUUUGCAUCUUUCCUUUGCUUUUUGUAAUAUGUAUGGAUUUAAUUUGACCCUUUGUUAUGUCAGAUUAGGGUUAGUUAAAAUGUAGGUAAAGGUUGUGCUGGCUUUGGGGUUCAAUGGGGUGUUAUUUACCAAUAUUUGAAUACUCUAAACAGAGAGAAUGUUACAGAAUGCUGGUGUGUCCAGUCCACUUGUUUUUUAUUUAUUUUAUAGCAUCAUUCAAAGAAAAGGAUUUCAUUUUCCUUCAUUUGCAAAGUGGGACUGUAUCUGAGCAGUUUGAAUAUCAGAAUGGAGUUUGGUGAGAAACGUACCCAUUUUCCUUGUAUUUCGAAUUCUUAGAUUAAGGUUGUGUCCAUACGACUUGGCUUUGAGAAAGUAGUUUACACCUAUAAGAACAAAAGAUACUCAAUGCUUGGGAGUCCAAACUAGUUAUGACGAGAACUGAAUAAAAUCAUGCAUUGUGUGUGAGUAUUUUAGGAUACAAGUAAAAUGAUUCUUUUAUUCCAUGUAAACACUGAAACGGGCAUGGCAUGUGCAGCAGUAUGCACUCUGGGACUGAUGACCAGUAUGUAUCAUCACUGUGCUCCAUUUUGCCUUAAAUACACUGUACCCCAGUCUAGUCAUUAGGGUUGUUUUUCCUCAGUGUGAACUCCAUGCAUGUGUGCUGUUGUAGUUUAUUGUCUUCAAAGUCAUUUGGCUUUCUGACAACCAUACCUCAUCCAUUAAGGUGGUGUUUUUUAUCUUCUGCAUUCAUUUUUCAUAUAUAGCAUCUGAUUUAGUUCGGCUCCUGCUUGUAUUAGGUUUGUUUUGCUCUUAAAGUCGUUUCUCUAAUAUAACAAAUGUGCAGUUAGAGCACAUCAUUUGCCAAUAAUUUGUAUUAAGUUUGAAAUUUGUAAUUGCUAUUUGUGGUAUGCACUCUGGUUGAGAUAAAUCUGACUUGAGAUGAAAUGGCAGUUCAGACAAUAUCAUAAAAUAUCAGGUAAAGCAACAAUGACUAGCAUAGAAACAACUUUUGAAAUGGCACUUUAAACUGUAGGAUUUAACCUAGUUAAGUUCCUGGGGAGUUUCUGUCCGAGUCCAGGUGUUAGCUCUCAGAUUUACUUUUCACAGGUCCUCAGGUAGAGAGUUUUGCCUAGAUGAGUGUAAUAGGUGGUGUGUCCUGGGAACCCUGGCAUGUACAGAAUGCACACUCUAAGAGGAAAUGAUGCUAGAUUAUGUAUGUCACAGCCUCUACGCCUCUACUUGUAAAAAAAAAAAAAAAAAAAAGAGACUGCUGCAAGUUCAGUUCUAGGAUAGAGCAUCUCUUUCAGCAUGCUUUACCUGUUUCAGGUGCUUUCAAAUGGGUUAUGUACUGCUGACCACAUGUCUAUGUCAUGAUGGGUAACUGCAUAUACUCUCCCUUUAAAUUCAUCUCAUUUUAAGAGGUACAGAUCAUUUUUUUAUUCCUAGAAUUGUAAGUCUGCAUGGAGAGACUGUUGUGACUCACUGCUUAAUAUAAGGAUUUUGUUGUCACAUGCUUGUUAUUAAAAAAGGACAUUUGGAAA